CUCACCCCUCCUCUGACCCCAUCCCCAACCUUACCCUCCUCCCUCUCUCUCUCUCUGUGGUUAGACAAGACAUGAUUACCGGUCCUGACCAGAUUCCACUCUCAUCGCAUCCUUGUGGAACCACUUCAUCUACUCUGGACUUCUUCUCAGCAUUCUGACUGUUUCGACUACUUUCACAUAUUCUCUCCAGGAGAAGACAGGAAGGAAGACCGUAUUCUCUCCAGGAGAAGACAGGAAGGAAGACCGUAUUCUCUCCAGGAGAAGACAGGAAGGAAGACCGUAUUCUCUCCAGGAGAAGACAGGAAGGAAGACCGUAUUCUCUCCAGGAGAAGACAGGAAGGAAGACCGUAUUCUCUCCAGGAGAAGACAGGAAGGAAGACUGUAUUCUCUCCAGGAGAAGACAGGAAGGAAGACCGUAUUCUCUCCAGGAGAAGACAGGAAGGAAGACCGUAUUCUCUCCAGGAGAAGACAGGAAGGAAGACUGUAUUCUCUCCAGGAGAAGACAGGAAGGAAUACUGUAUUCUUUCCAAGAGAAGACAAGUAGGGGGAAGUUUGUCAUCUCCUUUCUGUGAGGACUGACAUUUUUUCUUCAGAGGGAAGAUAAGGGCUGACAACAUCGAGAAGACUUCCAGUUCACUGAGGUUCAAAACAACAACACUGAGAAAGAAACAACAUUUUAAACACGGAAAGAAUACAGGACAUUCUAACAUCAACAGGUCAUUUCAACAAAAGAUUGAGACAUUUUGAAACUUUAUCUCAGUCUCUCUCUAUUCAUCCACUUCUCUUGGACUCUCUGUCCUGAAAAUUUCUCUGUGAGGGUCAGUCGGUCCAUCCAGCCCAGCCAUGCAGGUGUCUAUAGCCUGUACGGACCCCCACAUGAAACGUGGAAAUGGGGAUCACAAGAAUGCCACCAGCCGGAAUGCAGCUCGGGCCAAGUUCAGAACCGUGGCCAUCAUAGCACGUAGCUUUGGGGCGUUCGCACGACACCACAUCUCCCUCAAAGAGUCUACAGGGAAACUGACCGGCAUGAAAUACAGGAACCUGGGAAAGUCAGGACUUAGAGUGUCGUGUUUGGGACUGGGUACAUGGGUGACGUUUGGCAGUCAGAUCACAGAUGAGGUGGCCGAGCAGCUGAUGACCAUAGCGUAUGAGAGUGGGGUCAAUCUGUUUGACACAGCGGAGGUGUACGCUGCUGGAAAAGCUGAAGCCAUAUUGGGUAAUAUCAUUAAAAAGAAGUCCUGGAGACGAUCAAGUCUGGUCAUCACUACCAAGCUGUACUGGGGAGGAAAGGCAGAGACUGAAAGAGGCCUUUCAAGGAAACACAUUAUUGAAGGUCUGAAGGGCUCUCUCCAGAGGUUGCAGCUGGAAUACGUAGACGUGGUCUUCGCAAACCGCCCCGACACCAACACGCCCAUGGAGGAGAUUGUGAGAGCCAUGACGUAUGUGAUCAACCAGGGGAUGUCCAUGUACUGGGGGACAUCUCGAUGGACAGCCAUGGAGAUCAUGGAGGCGUACUCUGUGGCCAGACAGUUUAACCUGAUCCCUCCGGUGUGUGAGCAGUCUGAGUACCAUCUCUUCCAGAGGGAGAAGGUGGAGGUCCAGCUUCCAGAACUCUACCACAAGAUAGGUGUCGGGGCAAUGACGUGGUCUCCAUUGGCCUGUGGCAUCAUCACAGGGAAGUACCAGAACGGCAUCCCAGAAACCUCCAGGGCAUCCAUGAAGUCGUACCAGUGGUUAAAGGAGAAGAUAGUGAGUGAGGAUGGGAGGAAACAACAGGCUAAGCUGAAGGAGCUGGGACACAUCGCUGAGAAGCUGGGCUGUACUCUCCCACAGCUGGCCGUGGCCUGGUGUUUGAGGAAUGAGGGGGUGAGUUCAGUCCUCCUGGGAUCCUCCAGUCCAGAGCAGCUAACAGAGAACCUAGGCGCCAUACAGUUCCUUCCAAAAAUGACGUCUCAUGUGGUGUCGGACAUCGAUCACAUACUGGAGAACAAGCCGUACAGUAAGAAGGAGUAUCGCUCCUAGACACCCAGGAGGAAGCAGAACCACUACUGUACAACCACUGUGGAUCCAGUUCCACCAACCAUCUGGGCUCAGCCUCCAUGGGGUUUCAGCUCAGUCUAAUCCCAGCCCAGUUCAGGCCUGCUCAGCUCAGCCCCAGCCUUCUUAGUACAGUGUAACCGAGCUCAGUUCAGCCUAACCCUGCUAACCCUCUGCCUAGACCAGCUUUCAGCUCAGCUUUCAGCUCAGCUUACUCUUAUCAGUAGAUUCUCUGUCUCCUGAGUUUGUUAACCAUGUAGAUGCAUGCUUCCCCUCUCUGAUGUACCUGGACUUUUUCUUCAAAGGCACAUUGUACAAAACAACACAGAAAGGGGAUAAUACUGAGAAUAUACCGUAAACGUCUUUCACAAUGCAUUUUGAAAACAAACUCCUCUCUUCAAGCCAGUAUACUGCAUUUGACUGCCGUUUGACCUCGCAAAGCAGAGCACCCUGGGACAGUGAGUUUCAGGCGACAGGCCUUUGUUCUGUCUGUGAGGGGGAGAAUGUGCAUGUUGUCGCCCCCAUCUGGUCGUAUGAGAAACUGCUAUCCAAUAUCUUCAAUAGAUUAUUAGUGAGAGAGCGCAGGAGAAUCUCAUUUGCAGUUUCCUUGGGAGAAUCUCAAUUCCAUACUCCUCGCAUACUCUCUCCUCACCAACUUCUCAAAACCCAUUGGAGGAGAAGGUCAGAGGGGAGAGACCCCUGGC